AAUUACGCGCUUACAAAUUUCCCAUGAAAAUCAAAUACGAAUCGAACAGCAAGUUGAACAGUUUUACAAAACUUUCGACGUCAUUUGGUAUUGAAUUUCAUUGAGUUACUUAUCGGUGUUUCCUUGUGUUCACUUGAUUAAUUAGAAAGAAUAAUCAACAAGCUGAUAAAGAAUCGAAUCGAAUUGAAUCAAAUUUUCAUACUCUAAUUGAAGGUCUACCGAAUAAGUGACACAAAUGAGAGAGAAAAAGAAGAUGCUAAGAAAAAUAAUCGAAAAAUAGAAAUUACCUUGAAAUCGCUAAUAGAUGGCGAGACUAUACAAGGUUAUUCCAUUAGAAUUGAUCGAUUCAAGUAGAACAAAACUGAUUCAGUAAUCGAAUUUGAACUGAAAGAUUCAAGUCGAUCUUUUGAGGAGAAUGUUGAAAAAAUAACAAGUUCUACUUGCGAUGUUGACAUAAAGUUAUCAUGACAAAAAUCGCAUGAAAAUCCCUCGAAUCUCAGUAAAUCUGAUAUUCCCUUUAAGUCUAAGAAAUUUCAAAUUUCUCAUCUUUAGAUUACUCAUUCAAACUAAUCACUUGUUCAACUUUAAUCAAUUGAACCUUUAAUUGUCCAAUAUUGAUUGACCAUUAACAGUAAAAUUAUAAAUGAAACUUUUUUCUUGUCUUUAUCAUUGUGAAUAUUAAAUUGAUUUAAUUCCAAUUAGAAGUAAAUAAAAAUUCAACGAAAUUAAAUUGAAACGUUUUCCAUCCUGUUAAUAUGUUGAUACCGAUCGUGGCCAUUAUCGUAGGUGAAAGGUCAAAAUCAUCGUUAUCAUGUUGUUGGUUAUCGAGAGAAUCAAAAAUCACCUCUAAAUCAAUCAAUCAACUAAUCGUCUUUGUGUUAAUUUUAAUUUCUUUGCUAAUUCCAUGUGUUAAUUGUCGUCGACGUCCAACAAUCCAAAUUGGUACAACUCAACAAACGCCAUCAGUUGAUAAUUUAGCAAAUUCUCAGUUAAUUUCAUCUCCAUCAUCAAUAGACAACUUUUCAACCGGAUUAUCAUCUAGUCAACAACAACAACAUCAUCAUCACCAUCAUCGAAAUUUUCCCGUUAACGUUCAAAAGAUCGUUUUUGGUGCCAUUUUACCGACAACAAUAUUGAAAACUUUGGCACGAAAGUACAAUAAAACCCUACAAGAUGCCGUCGAUGCGCUAACCAAGGGACGAGAUCAGCACAACUUUACCAAUUAUUUUGAAAUCGCCAAUGCCAAUGUUGUCCUUAUGCCACUUAACCCUUCACCGACCGAUGUCCUUCACAACCUGUGUCACCAUUUACUGCCAAACGGAGUGUCGACUAUUUUUUAUAUGACCAAUUCUGACACCUAUGGUACCAAUGCAGCGGCAACUCAAUAUCUAAUGCAAUUAACUGGUUAUCUUGGUAUACCAAUGAUUGCUUGGAAUGCUGAUAACAUGGGACUCGCUCAGCGAAUAUCAGAUUCAAGAAUUUUACAAUUAGCUCCAAGUUUGGAGCAUCAAGCGUCCGCCAUGUUGAGUAUCGCUCGACGAUAUUCAUGGCAUGUUUUCUCAAUAGUGACCAGUACCAUUGGUGGACACGAAGAUUUUGUUAGAGCUGUUAGAGAUCAAAUUUUAUCUUUUGAUGAUUUCAAAUUCAAUAUUUUGGACAUAUUUACAAUUAAAAAGCGAACUGAACCUGAGAUUCGAUUGGAAUUAGAUAAAUUAGCUAAAUCGGAGGCUCGAGUUAUUUUCUUAUAUUCAACUAAACAAGAAGCUCAAGAAAUUUUAAGUGCUGCAAGUACUUUGGGAAUUACAGGUAAAAAUUAUAUUUGGAUUGUGACGAGAUCAAUUGUUGGAACUGCUUCUGAACAUUAUGCUCCAACUGAAUUUCCCUAUGGGAUGUUAGGAAUUCAUUUCAACACAUCUCAUGGUCAGUUACUGAAGGAAAUUGAGAGAGCAGUGACCAUCUAUGGUUACGCUUUGGACCUUUUCGUGGAGGAUGCUAAUAACCUUAAUAAAAGUCUUACACCUAAUUUAAGUUGUAAUGGUUCUGGUGAUUCGAGAUGGGAAAAUGGUGACCUAAUUUUCAAGUAUCUUCGAAGUGUAAAAAUCAAAAGUAAAUAUGGUAAAUCUAAUCUAGAAUUCAAUCUGGAUGGAACUCUUAAAUUUGUUGAAUUAGAUGUAAUGAAUCUGAAUCAAGGUGGAAUCUGGGAAAAGAUUGGUGUUUGGACGGAACAGGGAUUGGAGAUUAAAGAUAUCACAUGGCCGUCAAACUCACCAGUUCCACCUCAGGGUGUUCCGGAAAAGUUCAGUCUCAAGGUGACUUUUCUCGAGGAAUCGCCUUUCGUUAUCAUGAUGCCUCCAGAUGAAGAGACUGGAGCAUGUAAGACUAAUAAGGCAGUUCGAUGUCGAUUUGCACCCGAAGAAGAAUUAAUCGGGGUGAAUAAAACUCUUGCUUACAGGAAUCCAAAUUAUUAUCGAUGUUGUUCCGGAUUUUGUAUCGAUUUACUUGAGAAAUUUGCAAAUGAUCUGAAAUUUACUUACGAAUUAAGUCGAGUUGAAGAUGGAGCUUGGGGAGUUCUAACGCAAAAUCGUACCUGGAAUGGUUUAAUCGCCGAGCUACUUGACCACAAGGCGGAUGUUGUGGCCACUUCGAUCAAGAUCAACUCCGAUCGUCAGGCUUAUGUUGAUUUUACUGUACCAUUUCUCGAGACUGGAAUAACGAUUCUGGUCGCCAAACGAACGGGAAUCAUAUCACCGAAAGCUUUUUUAGAGCCCUUUGAUACUGCCUCAUGGAUCAUGAUUUUAUUGAUUAGUAUUCAAAUUGCUGUAUUUUCAAUCUUCCUAUUUGAAUGGUUAAGUCCAUCGGGUUACAAUAUGGGAAUGAGACCUCCGAAAGGUCAUAAAUUUUCACUAUUUCGUACUUACUGGUUGGUUUGGGCGAUACUUUUUGGUGCUGCUGUUCCAGUUAAUUGUCCGAAAGGUUUGACCGCCCGAUUCAUGUCCAAUGUUUGGGCCACAUUUGCCGUCGUUUUCCUGGCCAUUUACACCGCUAAUUUGGCCGCCUUCAUGAUAACCCGAGAAGAUUAUCACGAUUUCACCGGAAUUGAAGAUCCUCGUCUUGCCAAUCCAACCAAACAAAAACCUGCCCUUCGUUUUGGUACCUUACCCUCUGGAAACACCGAGGCCGUCCUCAAGCGUAAUAAACCACAAAUGCACUCAUACAUGAAGAAAUAUAAUCGCUCAUCAAGUGAAUUAGGUGUUAAAGCUGUUCGAAAAGGUGAUAUUGAUGCUUUUAUUUACGAUGCUGUGGUUCUUGAUUAUUAUACUGGUCAAGAUAAUGAUUGCCGACUACUGACCGUUGGUUCCUGGUAUGCAAUGACAGGCUAUGGAUUUGCCUUCCCAAAGAAAUCAAAGUAUUUAAACAAAUUCAAUGAGAAAAUGAUUGAAUACCGAGAAAACGGUGACCUGGAGAGACUUCGUCGAUUCUGGUUCCAAGGUGCAUGUAAACCUUCACGUAACAAGGGAAAAUUAAGUAAACCCUUGGACGUGAAUAAGUUCAUGUCCGCCUUCCUGUUACUCGGAUGUGGUGUCCUACUGACCACUGUGAUCCUCGCCAUUGAACACAUAUACUUUGGCUACUUUCGUAAGCCAAUAAUCAAGAAUGGCACUGAUGGUUGUCUUAAUCUAGUUAGCAUGAGUAUUGCUAAAUCGUUAAGUAAUGAUAACCAUUCAAGACUAUCAUGUACUCGAGAUCGUAACAAGAAUACUAAUAAUGUUAAUCAUUGGAAUCCAGCUGAUUAUAAUCAAGAUUGGUCUAAAUCUCGUAACCUUUCAACUGGAUUAUCUAGAUACAAAUCUGAACAUCUAUUGGAUAAUAUUAAAAGACCACAAAAUUUGAGUCAAUCUCAUGAUGAUGAAAUGAUUAGAUAUCAAUCGGCUAAUUGGUCAGUUGCCGCUUCGUCCAAUACAAUUCCCUAUCCAUCCAGGGUCAAUCAACAUUAUCAACAACAACAACAUUAUUUUCACAAAGACAUGACCCGAAAUCAUGUGACAACGAAUGACCCUUUCUAUGGACGAGAUCCAUCAAUCCAUUGUCCAUCAAAUUCAACAUCAACUGGAUUAAGAGAGAAACGGAUUAAGCCCGGAUUUAUCUCUAACAAGCAAACCUUUCCCAUGGAUAAAUCAACCGCAGCCAUAACUGAAUUUGAAACUGUUUUAUGAUGUCUAAUUGUUGACAAUUAGCUGAAACAAUUCAAUCUCUUUCCUCCCUCUUAUUGAAUAAUCAAUCAAUAGACAAAACAAAUAAUAAAACAUUAUCGAAACGUUGAUCAAACUUUUUUUUUGUUAAUCAACAACAAUCAACAAUAUCAUCAACCUUUAAUUGUAAAUAGUAUCAAACUUUUUCUUACCUCAAUAUCAGGGUAAUCAAUGUGUGUGUGAUACAUAAACAAAGUUUCAUAACAAUUAACUCAGAGAUUAAUUAACAAUUUCUUAUUACUAUUGUUAUCUUUUCCCUCCACGUUAAUUGUUUACCAUCCUUUAAAUUGUUUCAGUUAAUUGUUCACUUUUGUUUUCUCUCUGAUUGUUGAAAUGUUUAUCAAAUUUAUCGAAAAAUGAUCAAUCCAAUUAAUACAUUCUUACAAUUAUGUACAUUGUAAAGUUAACUGUCCACUAAUCAACUUGGUAAUCUACUUAAUUAAUCCUUUAAUCAACUAACUUAAUUAGUUUGGGAGCUUUUUUCGUCUAAAUCAAACUACAAAUACGAAAACCAAAGUAAAAUCAAUUACCUAAUCAUUGCUCAUCUUUUUCUACUUCAACAAUUUAAUUGUUAAUUUUUGAAUCAAUUUUUUUGUUUAAUUAAAGAAAACAAAAUCUCACCACAAUUAGUUAAUCAUCUAAUACAAGAUUUAGAUAAUCAAGUGACCUAAUUUUUUGUUUCCACUCUCAACAGUCUGAUAAUUUGCCUUGUAAUAAACGAUUAAUUGAAUAAAACAAUUAUUUAAUUCACUCAAUUGAUUUCCUUU